CGGCGCUUGACAACCCUGUUUUAGAGCUGGCAACGCUGUGCAAAAUACAACCAGACGCUGCUUUUUACGUGCGGCAAAACGAAAAAUAGCCGAAAAUUGGCAAAAAUAGACAGAGCGAUCGCAUUUCUGUGGCUCGAACGCACUGAUAGGCAAACAAGGAGGAGCGAAGUUGAGCCCGUUGGCAAAUAAACGCGCGCAAACCAGCCGAACAGCGCCACCAUGGCCGAGUAUUUGGCCUCCAUUUUUGGCACAGAAAAGGACAAAGUCAACUGCUCGUUUUACUUUAAGAUUGGCGCCUGCCGCCACGGCGAUCGGUGUUCGAGGAUCCACAACAAACCGACCUUCUCGCAGACGGUGCUGCUACAAAAUCUGUACGUUAAUCCGCAGAAUUCCGCCAAGUCUGCGGAUGGAUCGCAUUUGGUGGCAAAUGUCUCCGAUGAGGAGAUGCAGGAACAUUAUGACAACUUCUUUGAGGAUGUGUUCGUGGAGUGCGAGGACAAGUACGGUGAAAUUGAGGAGAUGAACGUUUGCGAUAAUCUGGGUGACCACCUCGUGGGUAACGUGUACAUCAAGUUCCGGAACGAGGCUGAUGCCGAGAAGGCAGCGAAUGAUUUGAACAACCGCUGGUUCGGCGGCAGACCAGUAUAUUCCGAGCUAUCGCCCGUCACCGAUUUCCGCGAGGCAUGCUGCCGGCAGUACGAGAUGGGCGAGUGCACCCGCUCCGGCUUCUGCAACUUUAUGCACCUGAAGCCAAUCUCUCGGGAGCUGCGACGGUAUUUGUAUUCCCGCCGUCGCCGCGCCCGAUCGCGUUCUCGCUCCCCCCGCUCGCGCCGUUCCCGCAGCAGAUCACGCUCUCCGUGGCGGCGACGUGAUGGUCGAGGCGAUGGAGUUGGUGGCGGAAACUACGGAGGUGGCAGUGAUCGUGGCAACGAUCGCGAUCGUCGCAAGGGUGGCGGUGGUGGAGGAGGAGGCGGUGGAGGUGGCGGCGGCGGCGGAGGAGGAGGCGGAGGUGGUCGCUACUAAUAUCCUGGAUGAUUUUCGAUUCGGUGGCAAUUUAGAGACGAUAUGAUAAAAGAGAGAGAAACGGACAAGCAACUCCAAGUAUCGUGUAUUUUAUUCUCGACGUUCAUUUAUCCUUUUUUUAAAUCUCUUUUUUUUGUAAACGGAGAAGAGUGGAGUAGAGGAGGAGUGGGGUGUUCCACCACCACCUAUGUACAAACCCCCCGCUAUAUACUUUACCGAGCGCCCAUUAGAAUUGUAAUUACUUAUAACACACAUUCGUAAUAAUAAAAUUGAGUAAUACUAUAUACAGAUGACAAA